AUGCGUUUCUCGCGAUCACUGGCCCUGCUCGGAGCCGUAGCCGGCGUGGUCUCUUCCUACGGGAUCGAACUGCCGGCGGGUGUACCCAGAUCUCUGGAAGAGUUCCGUGACAAGCAUCCUUACACGCCCCCAUCCCAAGGGUGUGGACGCAAGACCUUCACGAUCCGUGCUUCCCGGAACGCCACGGACGAUGUGUCUGAGGAGCUCAAGAAGGGUCUUCUAGAGGCCAACAAUGGUGGGACCUUGUAUCUACCCAAAAACCAGACGUUUGUGAUCGCAAAAGCCCUCGACUUGACUUUUCUCAAUGACAUUCAUGUUCGGCUGGAGGGCGAGAUCAAGUUCACCGAUGAUGUGAAAUACUGGCAAACAAAUGCGUUCACGCAUCCCUUCCAAAAAUCGAUCAUGUUCUGGAAAUGGGGUGGCAAGGACAUCAAGAUCUACGGUGAUGGAGUCAUCAACGGACAAGGGUUCGUAGACCAACAGCCGAAGCUUUCGCUCAUGUCUAACACUCUGCAUAGCCAACGCUGGUGGAACGAGUUUAACUCCGGCAUCGGAUCGAUUCUGAACCCCGACAACAAAUACCUCCGGCCCAUCCUUUUCUAUGUGGAAAACACCACGAAUCUGGAAGUUGAGGGAAUCCACAUGAAGGACUCUCCCUGCUGGACCAACUUCGUCGUCGGAUCGAGCAACAUUGAGUACAGAGAUGUCAUUGCCACUGCUAUCACCAACAACGGCAGCAUCAUCCCCAAGAACACUGACUUCUUCGACUCUUUGGAUGUUCAGGACGUAAAGAUUGAGCGUGUCUGGGUUAACAUUGACGACGACUGCUUUUCCCCGAAGUCCAACAACACCAAUCUUUACGUGAACACCAUGUACUGCAACGGGGAAAUGUCAUACGUCAAGGACGUUCACAUUGAGAACGUUUGGAUGUUGAACGGAGAUUACUCUGGUGCCCGCAUCAAGACCUGGGCUGGCCCUAACGUGGGAUACGGUUUCGUCGAUAACAUCACCUACAAGAACUUCUGGGUUGCUCGGAUGGACUACGGAGUCAUUCUUGACUCAUGCUACUUCAACAUCAACGAAACUACCUGCGAGCAAUACCCGUCCGGCAUGAAUGUCUCCAACGUUCUCUUCGAGAAUUUCACCGGCUACACCAGCGGCAUCUACGGCAACGCAGUCGCAAAGCUGACGUGCUCCACGAACCCCGACGCUGUAUGCCACAACAUCAAGUUCAAGAACUUCAACGUCACGUCGCCUUGUGGUGGGGAACCUGUUAUCAUCUGCGAUGGCGUAGAUGGAGGUAUCGACACUCCCUGUGUGAGCAUCGACAGUGACGAGGCAAAAGCCGCUCUGGCGGCAAGGUGCCAGACUCCUCUAGCUCCGAUUAACGAGAAGCCGUGGUAG